CUGAGAUAGAACAACUCAGAGCUCACCUGACUGAUCUCAUCUCUCCGUCUAUCAGGUAUCUCUCUUUUACAAUCUAUUUUAGAACAGAAAUAGAGUAACUGAGCUUCAUUUAAAGUCGAGAAGAUGCAUGCUUCUACACCAGACUGCUGAAAUUACUUUUCUAUUUCCAUUAUUUUGGACUACAGAAGAAGUGGCUUCAAUUGAAAAAUAAAAAAGAAGAAUGUACUAGAGAAGACUUGGGAAAUAGAUUAAUAAUAUUAAUAAUAUCACAAGAAGUAUAUUAAACGACAGAAGUGUUUUUUAACUAAAUUGUGAAGUGAAGAGGACUGUUCUACAGAAAAAAACACUCUACUUGCAAAACUCAAAAAGACUGAACUUUAAAAGAAAAGAUUUUACAGAAAAAAACGAAAGAAGAUUGGACUAUACAGGGAGAAGUGGAUUUAAAGAAGAAGUGGUUGUGGUCGUAUAUCACACAUGAAGAAGACUGGAUUCUGAAAGCAGUGGUUCUCACUUAAAAGCUAAAAAGACUGUACUACAAAUGUUGUAAUACGAGGACUGGAUUACAGAAGAAUUUGUCCUACCUGACAAAUUAAGUACACUGGCUGACACAAAAAAAUCUGUAAACUAACCUAAAAAAAAAGACAGGAUUACAGAAGGUGUGGUCCUAAUGUACACAUUAUGAAGAAUACACUACAUACAAAGUGGUAGAAGAAUUAAAAAAACAUAGUCCGGACUAAAAAAAUAAAUAAAGAAUCCUAAACUACAGAAGAAGUGUUUAACUAAAUUAUAUGUUCUAUAGAAAAAGUACCCUUCUUGCAAAAUUUACAAAAGACUAGACUUUUUUUGUUGGAAAAAACUAAGAAGAUUGGACUAUACAUGAAGAAGUGGAUUUACCAUAAAAAAAUUAGGAAGAGCUAAAAUUGAUCUAUUGAUUGAGGUUGAUCUAGAGAAGAAGUGGUUAUAGCUGGAACAGUUUAAAAAGUCUAGAAGCUUCUUCUUCUUCUUCUUUUCUUUUUCAUUGCUUGAACAAUGGAGAACUUUACUUCAUCCAACACCACUUUUGGCACUUGGCCUGACCACAGUCUACCAUACAAGUUGAUCAGCACUUUAAUAGUUCUCACUAUUUGCGCCCUGGGAAUUGUCGGCAACGUGAUGGUGAUUCUGGUGGUGCUCACCACCAAGCACAUGCGUACACCCACCAACUGCUAUUUGGUGAGCUUGGCAGCUGCUGACCUCAUGGUGUUGGUGGCUGCUGGUCUUCCCAGUGUGGCUGAUAGCCUGUACGGCUCGUGGCUGUUUGGACGAGUCGGCUGCCUGUGCAUCACCUACUUUCAGUACCUGGGCAUCAACGCCUCCUCCUGCUCGAUUACAGCCUUUACUGUGGAGAGGUACAUCGCUAUCUGCCACCCGAUCCGCGCCCAGUCCCUGUGCACCUACACCCGAGCUAAGAGGAUCAUUCUGGGCGUGUGGGUGACCACCUCGCUCUACUGCGUCAUGUGGUUCUAUCUGGCUGACAUCGAGGAGCUGGUGUACGAGGAUGCCACCAUCGUGUCCUGUGCUUACAAAGUGUCUCGGAACCUUUAUCUACCCAUUUACUUCUUUGAUUUUGGUGUCUUCUUCGUCCUGCCCCUCACGCUGUCCACUGUGCUGUAUGGGCUCAUCGCGAGAAUUCUCUUUCUGAACCCACUUCCCAAAACCAAGAGCAAGAACGGACAUGACGGCGUUUACUCUGGGAACAAGACGAACGGCCUUAAAAGUUCGAGUCAGUGCUCCAGUACGACGGCUGCUUCUCGAAGACAGGUAACCAAGAUGCUGGCGGUAGUGGUCAUCCUCUUCGCCGUGCUCUGGAUGCCCUACCGCACCCUGGUGGUGGUCAACUCCUUCCUACAGGAGGCGUACCUGGACGCCUGGUUCCUGCUCUUCUGCCGCACCUGCGUCUACCUAAACAGCGCCAUCAACCCCGUGAUCUACAACGCCAUGUCUCAGAAGUUCCGCGCCGCCUUCAAGAGACUCUGUAGAUGCGGCCCACGGGUUCAGGCCAAGCAGGCGGCGUAUAGCGUGGCUUUAACUUACAGUGUUGCUAAGGAGACGUCUAUGAUCGAGAGCACGGAGCACUUCUCCACGGAGAUGGAAGAUCUGACGGAAGGACCAGAAGAUUUAACGGAAGAGCCGAACUAGAAGGAGCCACUUUCAGUUUAUUUUCAGGUUUUAUUUAUGACACAACCCAGGCAAUCUUUACCAAACCCUCGAUAAUUCUGGUUCAUAAUAUACAGCAUGUUCUAGGAGUCUAUACAUUGUUUGAGCUUAUCUCCAGGAACCUUCCAUAAAAAGAAAAUCUUUACAGGACUGUAAUCCUUCAAAAUCCAUCCAUCCAUUCAUUAACACCAGAUUAGAGAUUGAUUUCUGUUUGAGUUCUGUUUGAAUUCCUCUCUAAAUAAGUGAAUAAGCCACAGUGUGGGGGUGCACGGCUAUUUUUAUGAUCUGCAGCUUCUGCCAGUUCCAAUCUGCCAGUUGAUUAGCAGCUAAUGUUCAGCUCCAGUUCUCACAUCAUAAUGAGAAUAAUGUGAAAAAUUACACACCUUUGUGUUUGGAGCACUGUUGCAUCCAAACACGGAAGGAAGUCCAUCUAACUCUGAAUCCUGAUAAAUGUGAAGAAAAUGAAAGAGACCAUAUUCUUAUUUGUAAAGAGACCUGUGUAUAUAUCUUUAAAGCCUUUGAAGCCAAGGCUGUUUUCUGUUAUAACACAGUAAUUAUAUCAGACAGACACAUGUCCUGAUCUCUUUUACUCCAGAAGACAUACGGCUGCUCAAAAAUAUCAUCAUUUAAAAUGUAAAAAGAAGCAGAAUUGUUAUAUUUUCCUUUUUUUUUUUUUUUUUUGAAUGUAUAGACUUAAAUAUAUUCAUAAAAUGGUUAGGUUAGAGUGUUUAUGAGUUAAAAAAGCAUAAGAAUAUUGAUGAUUUGAGUUCAUUACAUGGAUUAUUAUUACUUUUUACAAAAUACAUGGAGAAACAGCAUCAGGCAGAGUUAUUUUAUUUUUCUUGAUAAUCAGUAAUCACACCGCUAGGAUACAUGUGGAUUUCAGUAUUUUUUCAGUAUCAGGACACCAAAAGUAUAACAAAACUAAAUACACAAAUUUAAACUUUUUAGUCUAAAUGAAUAUAAAAAUGUUUAGUGCAAAAUAAAAUAAAUAAAAUAAAAACUAUAUAAAGUAGUGCGCACACCAUACCUAGCUUUAGUUUGAGUAAAGCAGGUAGUUUCACACUUUUUCUGUGGAAACUUUUGAGUCUUUAUUUACUGAUAUUAUUUGGUUUUAAACAUCAUAUAAAUAUGUUUGAAGCACUAAAGGUAAAUAAUAUUGGUUGGGGAAGGAGAUUUUUCACUUUUUUAGGUGUUUUUCUCUCAAUGGGUUUCUUGUAGAUUUAGCUUUACCGCACUGGGAUGUGAUCACCAUUUUUAGAAAGAGUAAGCUCCGCCCUUUCUAACCAUAUAUGGAUUAUGUUUAUGUGUGAAGGGAUUCCUGAGUAAUUAAGCUCACAAGAACACAAGGUAUA